AUGCAACUGCACACCAGCCACUUCCGGCCACAGUCCGGGGGCACAUCCUGUCUGGUCUCGUUCAACCUGCCGACGGCCGAGGACCGUAAAGUGCUCGACGGUUGGCUGCACGCCUGUCUUGCGGAGACGGCCGAGGUGAGUCGGCACAGGCCGAUUCUGCAACUGUCCAGUCCACCUCAUCCGACGGCCAAUCCGGCCAGUCCCGCGACGUCGAGUCGUUUCGCCAAAUUGCCCAACUCCCCGUCCGAUAGUCGACUCAUCAAGAGUCCCUCCUCGAAUCCGUCCGCCGCCGGCGGUCCACGCAAGACCUUCCAUCUGCUGCCGGACAAGACCGACCUGUCCGGUCGUCUGGACCUGCCAGCACGUUCGUUGUCCAGCGUCAAUCUGGCCCACGGCUACUAA